CCCUAAAGGUGGGGAGCUGGGGAUGGGGCCAGGGUACUGAGGGGGCGUGCCAUGGGGGCCAGAGGGCUGGGCCUCCCUGGUUGGGGGUGAUGCGCCUCAGGCCCAUCUCCUUAGGUAGGGGGCGCCACUCCGGCUCGGAGCGUGCCCGCCCCUCCACAGCUGCCCCAACAGGGACUCCGCAGUCCCUGUCAACAGGGGGCGCGGCGGUACCCAGCGGGGGGCCGCGGCGGCGCACGGCCUCGGCCGGCAGGGGGCGCGUUUCCGCCUCGGUGCUUCCCUUGUUCUCGGCGCUGGCCCUGGCCCCCUCCGCGACGCCACCCCCUUAUACCCCGUGGCUGCUGCAGCGGCGGUGCUUGACGGGCGGGUGGUUCUUGGCUGCGCAGGCGGGGCCCGGGGCCGAAGCCGAAGUGGGGCUGGGGCAGCCGCCGGGGCCGCAGCGGGGCCGGAGCGGGAGCCGGAGGAGGCGGAGCAGCGAGCACGGGCGUCAUGGGGCGGCGCCGCCGCGUGUAGGCCGGGGCCGGGGCCGGGGCCGAGGCCGGGGCCGGGGCCGGGGAGGCCAGGCCGGGCCGCGGCGGGCGGAGAGCCUCCCCGUGCGGUGCGCGGAGGUCGGCGAGCUCCGGGGCAGCGGCGGCAAAAGCGGCGUAGGGGGCUGCAAGAUGGCGGACCUAGAGGCCGUGCUGGCCGACGUGAGCUACCUGAUGGCCAUGGAGAAGAGCAAGGCCACGCCGGCGGCGCGGGCCAGCAAGAAGAUCCUGCUGCCCGAGCCCAGCAUCCGCAGCGUCAUGCAGAAGUACCUCGAGGACCGCGGGGAGGUGACCUUCGACAAGAUCUUCUCGCAGAAGCUCGGCUACCUGCUCUUCAGAGAGUUCUGCCUGAACCACAUGGAGGAGGCCAAACCCCUGGUGGAGUUCUAUGAUGAAAUCAAGAAAUACGAGAAGCUGGACUCGGAGGAGGAUCGCGCCGUCAAAAGCCGAGAGAUCUUCGACUCGUACAUCAUGAAGGAGCUGCUGUCCUGCUCGCACCUUUUCUCAAAGAGCGCCACCGAGCACGUGCAGAGCCGGCUCCUCAAGAAGCAGGUGCCCCCCAACCUGUUCCAGCCCUACAUCGAGGAGAUCUGCCAGAGGUUCCGGGACGUCGUGUUCCAGAGAUUCAUCGAGAGUGAGAAGUUCACUCGGUUCUGCCAGUGGAAGAACGUGGAGCUGAACAUCCAUCUCACCAUGAACGACUUCAGCGUGCACCGCAUCAUCGGCCGAGGCGGCUUCGGGGAGGUCUACGGCUGCCGCAAAGCCGACACGGGCAAGAUGUACGCCAUGAAGUGUCUCGACAAAAAGCGCAUCAAGAUGAAGCAGGGGGAGACGCUGGCCCUGAACGAACGGAUCAUGCUCUCCCUCGUCAGCACUGGGGACUGUCCCUUCAUCGUCUGCAUGUCCUAUGCGUUCCACACUCCAGACAAGCUCAGCUUCAUCCUGGAUCUCAUGAAUGGGGGGGACCUGCACUACCACCUGUCCCAGCACGGCGUCUUCUCGGAGUCGGACAUGCGCUUCUACGCGGCGGAGAUCAUCCUGGGCCUGGAGCACAUGCACAGUCGGUUCGUGGUCUACCGAGACCUGAAGCCCGCCAACAUCCUGCUGGACGAGUUCGGCCACGUCCGCAUCUCGGACCUGGGCCUGGCCUGCGACUUCUCCAAGAAGAAGCCCCACGCCAGCGUGGGCACCCACGGCUACAUGGCGCCCGAGGUCCUGCAGAAGGGGGUGGCCUACGACAGCAGCGCCGACUGGUUCUCCCUGGGCUGCAUGCUCUUCAAGCUGCUGAGAGGGCACAGCCCCUUCCGCCAGCACAAGACCAAGGACAAGCACGAGAUUGACCGCAUGACGCUAACGAUGGCCGUGGAGCUGCCGGACUCCUUCUCGCCCGAACUGCGCUCGCUCCUGGAGGGCCUGCUUCAAAGGGACGUCAACCGGAGGCUGGGCUGCCUGGGCCGCGGGGCUCAGGAGGUGAAGGAGGACCCUUUCUUCAAGGCGGUGGACUGGCAGAUGGUUCUCCUGCAGAAGUACCCGCCUCCCCUGAUCCCACCUCGAGGGGAAGUGAAUGCCGCGGACGCCUUCGACAUCGGCUCCUUCGAUGAGGAAGACACGAAGGGAAUCAAGCUGCUGGACAGUGACCAGGAGCUCUACCGGAACUUCCCCCUCACCAUCUCGGAGCGCUGGCAGCAGGAGGUGGCCGAGACGGUCUUCGACACGGUGAACGCGGAGACGGACCGGCUGGAGGCGCGCAAGAAGGCCAAGAACAAGCAGCUGGGCCACGAGGACGAUUACGCCCUCGGCAAAGACUGCAUCAUGCACGGCUACAUGUCCAAGAUGGGCAACCCCUUCCUGACCCAGUGGCAGCGGCGCUACUUCUACCUGUUCCCCAACCGGCUGGAGUGGCGGGCCGAGGGGGAGGCCCCGCAAAGCCUCCUGACCAUGGAGGAGAUCCAGUCUGUGGAGGAGACCCAGAUCAAGGACCGGAAGUGCAUUCUGCUCAAGAUCCGCGGCGGCAAACAAUUCGUCCUCCAGUGCGAUAGUGACCCAGAGCUGGUACAGUGGAAGAAGGAGCUUCGGGACGUCUACCGAGAGGCCCAGCAGCUCCUGCAGCGCGUCCCCAAGAUGAAGAACAAGCCGCGGUCGCCUGUGGUGGAGUUGAGCAAGAUGCCACUGACGCAGCGGGGCAGCGCCAAUGGCCUCUGACCCCUGACCCGCCCCGCCCCUGCCCGACCUUUUAUAAACCUCUAAUUUAUUUUGUGGAAUUUUUAUUAUUUUUUCCCGCUAAGCGGAAAAGGUUUUAUUUUAUAACUAUUGUGAUGCCCCUGGCCCUGCCUGGCCCUGCCUGGCCCUGCCUGGCCCUGCCUGGCCCCGGGGAAGGGGCCUGCUUGUCCCAUUCCUCCUCUUACUGAGACCAUCUAGGCCGACUUCCCCCCAGGACCGAGGGGGGGCCAUGCCUGGCUCUGUCCAGCAGGGACCAGGCAGGGCUUUAUCUGGGGGGCAGCCAGGGCAGAAGGCCCCCCGGCGCUCCCCCUCUGCCCCACGGACAGCCCCCCUUCCCCGUGGAGCGGACACAGCUUGGCACCCCAGAACACUGAGCUCUGUGUGCCCCCCACGCACGCUGCCCUGCCCCCCGGGCCCUUCCCCGCAGCUGGACCUGCCAGGAGAGCUGGCAGAUAGAGGCGCCCCUCAGGGUGCCCCGGGGGAGCCCACAGGGUCAGGGUCCUACUUGAAGUUCUCCCCCCGCCUGCCCCGACGGGACGGCUGCCGGAAUGGCCGGGAUCCGCCUUCGUCCCUCUCCCGUUUCUCUGCCUUCGGAAGGCCGCGCCAGCCCCUCCACCUUCCCACGCUGCUCUGGCACCCUCCAGGAGGGCAGGACCGGCCAGGCACCGCCCAGUAUCGGCCCCCCCACCUUGUGCCAAAGGGCCUCGGCCUCCGCCCGUCUCAGGCGAGCCCAGGCUUCUGUCCUCUCCCCGCCCCUCGCAGGCUCUCCAGCGAGGCGGCAGAAGCCCGGGGGCUGCUCGCUCCGGCCCCCCGCCGAUGCCCCUCGCUGGGCGCCCGCCGCAUGUUCCCGCCUCCCCGCCCCCGCUGCGCAGUGUGUGAUGCCCGGCCGAGCCUGCCACCCGCCUCCCUCCCCUCCUCCACUCCCCGGGCGUUUCUCUGCCGAUUUUUGAAUGUGAUUUUAAAGAGUGAAAAAAAGCGAGUUUUAUAUUAAAAAGAAAAAGGUG